AGAUACGCCAGUUAUGGAAUGCUUUGUUGUAGGUAUAUCUUUCAACAAGAGUAAGCGUAUACGGUCAGCGAUUAGGCCUGCCCUCUCAUAGUUUGCUCAGGCGAAAACUGAAAGCUUAGUUUGUUCUGCCUCAAAUAGCUAAAACUACUAUAGACUAUCUUCGGAGCUAUGACUCUACUCAGUGCGACUGUAUCAAUUUUAGUUCUUUAUGUCAGCAUCACCAAUGGACAAAACACUGGUGUGAGGGUGGUGUUUGACUCAGUGACCCCGAACUCGUACACAGAGAUAGAGAAUGCUGAGGAACUGAUGGUGUGCAUCAGAGUGGAGGGAACCAUUUCUCAACAGUUCUCUGUCACCCUCAACACGUUUAGCGCUGGAAGUGCAACUGCAGGUGGUGUUGACUAUACUGACACCAUGGCAACACACACGUUCAUCCUGUUCUCCACCCUUACCCGCUGCAUGACCAUUACUAUCAAUGAUGAUAGUGUGCUUGAGGGAACUGAGUUCUUCUUUAUCUCUGUCUCCUCUGACGAUUCCUCAGUUGAAAUUCCUCCACUGGCAACUGUUUCCAUCACAAAUGAUGACACCAUGGUGAUUGGUUUCAACCAGACAAGCUACUCUGCAAUGGAGGGAACCCCAGGCAAGACGUGUGUGGUCAUUGUCAGUGGGUCUAUUGCGAGGAGUGUGUCAUUCACUGUGACACAGACGAGAAGAACUGCUUCAGGUGAUGACUACAUACCAGGACCUCUUACUGGUAGCAUCACGGUAGCGAAUGAGCCAGUGUGUGUGAACCUCCCCCUCAACACUGACAGCAUUGUGGAGGACACAGAGACAGUCCUGCUCACAGUGAGCAGUGCGGACUCACCAACAACAGACACCACCACACUAAACAUUCUCGACGACGAUGGUGUGACUGUACAACUGGCCUCGACCCAGUUGAGUGUAGUUGAGGGCAACAGUGGAACCUCUUCUCUUUCGCUCUGUGUCCUUCUGACAGACGUACAGGAUAACUUGGAUAGGGACGUGACCCUACUGUUGAACACACAGCCAUCAUCAGCAGAUACGAGUGAUUUUGUCUCUCUUGUGGAUCAACCCCUCGCUAUCCCCAUGACAACUGGCCUCUUAGAAAAUGUUUGCUUUCAAUUAGCUGUAAACGGAGACAGCUUUAUCUUCAACUCUCUGGCUAGAUACAGCUGUGAGGGAGGCUACGAUAUAAGUGGAGCAAGCGUCCGGAUCUGUAGAUCUACCGGAAGUUGGAGUGCCAUUGCACCUACAUGUCAACCUGUUGACUGCAUGGGACUCAAUAAUCCGGCCAAUGGGAUGGUAGCUGUGUCCGGUACCACAUUCACACACACCGCCACGUACUCAUGCCUCAGUGGGUUUGCUCUGAUUGCAUGGGCAGGAUACUAGACAGUGUCUGGAAACUCAGCUGUGGUCUGGAGAGGAACCAACAUGUGUCGUUGAGUGUAGUGACCUUCCUAUCCCAAGUAACGGUGCUGUGAGUUACAGCGAUACCACCCUCAUCAACUCCGUAGCAACCUUCACCUGUAGAGAGGGUUACAUAGUGACUGGAGACUCCACCCGAACCUGCCUACUCACUGGAAUGUGGUCUGGCAUCCAGCCAUCUUGCGAACCUAUUGAUUGUCCGUCUCUAUCGGAUCCCCUCAAUGGACAGGUCCACCUCACCACCACCACUCUGAGCUCCAUAGCCAGCUAUUCCUGUGACCAGGGUUUUGCUCCCAGCUUAACAGAGGAUCGGCUCUGCCAGACUACUGGACAGUGGUCUGGUUCACCACCAGUGUGUACAAGAGUGGACUGUGGUCCUCUCACUGACCCUCAGUUUGGUUCCGUCACCCUGACUCCUGGUACUGACUUUGGGUCUGUCGCUGCCUAUACCUGCAAUACUGGCUAUGAGCCAAGUAUUACGACAGACCGGACUUUUCUCGGGUCGGGUAUGUGGUCUGAAGACAUGCCCACCUGCUCACGUGAGUGGGAACGACGUUAUAGUUAAUUCAGUACUUCAGUUGCAAUAAUAUGAAUGUAAAGGGUUAAGACAUAAUGCGAGUAGAUCUAGUAUACGUUGUAUGUUGUAUAGUUCUGCACAUCAAAAGUUAAUUGCUUUUGUUAUUCACAGUGUAAUUACGUAUGCUUACCUUGACUUGCAUGAUAGUUACUACUAAUCACAAUUACCAAUUUGUAAUUAACAUUCUCACACAUGUGGAACACCUAGCUCCUUAAACAAUGGUGGACAAGUCACAGUCUCCCUCACCACCUUCGGCUCAUUCUCAGUGUACACUUGCCCAUCUGGCUAUGUUCUCAGUGUUUUGUCCUCAAUCCGUUCCUGUAU